GGAAAGGGAAGUGCGCUCUUGCGCACCAGCUGAAGGAAGGAGCUUUGGAAGCUUACCAACAACCUAUCAACUCCUAACAAGUUGCUGGAUCGAAGUAGGACAUUCUCCAUCCGCCCGCCAGCAGCAGAGGGGGUUCGAUUCCCGUUAUACGCGAUGUGGCGAAAAAGACUGAUUCAACAAUACAUCAUGCCUGCAUUAAGAUUUAAAACUUGUCGUCUACUUUCAGGAAAUGUUCGGAAGAGAGAACUUACAAUAAUACAACGCCGCAUUCUCCGAAGAUUGAGGAAGAAGAACAGAUCUAUUAAGAGAAAGAUUUCUUCGAGAGAAAAUCUUAACAGUUACAUCCAAUUACAAACUACACGAAAGUUGUCCCUUUUUUAUGGGGAUUUACCCAUCACAGAGAUGCACAGAGGAACAGAACAAACUUCAUAUAUCCCUUUUCCACUCAAUCCAGAAACAAGAUCGGACGUUAUUCCGGUUCGUCUCCAUUUUCGUGAAACUAUUCCUCAAGCAAGGCAGCCGAUAAGUCAUCGAAGGCUUUGUGUGAAUAAUGGAAUGGUAAGCAUUACUCAUUUGAAAGUGUCCCACGGUGAUCUAAUAUCUUUUCAAGAAAAUGACGCGAGAAUCCGCGGUGAAGAAAUAAGGAGAUCUUUCUAUAUCGAAAUAUCAGUUGAUAAAAUCAUAGGAAAAUUCCUGCCGGUAAGAAUGUGGAGAAGAACGAAAACAGAAUGGUUCCACCUACUCAAAACUAAGAGGGGAUGCCACCUACUACUAAAAUCCCGGUUUUUGAAACAGUUGCGUUCUUCUAUGCAAGAAGAAGACUUAGAAAGAACAAAGAAGUUUGGAUCCGAAAAAGUAUGCUUAGGCAGUUCCUUCGCUGAGCACAACAGAAUGAAGAGGAAUUUGUAUCAUUUCAAAUCCCUAUUCUUUUCGAAGAGAAGGAAGGAGAAAAACCGAUAUCUUCCUACUCGAAGAAGAAGUACUUUAGUUUACAACUCUUCUUUAUAUAGUAAUUCGACCUAUUGCUCCGCAGCCCCCCAUCAGUUGACUAUGAAGAGAAGAAUCAAAAGGAUCGAACUACCUACUCAUUAUUCGGAGGUGAAUCAUAGAACACCAAAAGCUGUGGUAUCUUAUGGACCUAACAUAGGUCACAUCCCUCACGACAUAAGAUUGAAAGAUCCAAACCUUCCUCUUCGGAGCGGAAACGGACGUGGCCAAAACAUAUAAAGAUCGGCGUAGUCGCUCAUAGGGACAAAUCUAUCCGGAUAGAGGAUGUCUAGAUCGAUUUAUAGAUAGAUUUCUAUCCAUAUAGAUAGGUAUCUCCGUGGAUAGAGAAAAAAAUAGGGAUCCAUCUAGAUCUUGAUUCAAAAUUUCAUUCCAUUUUUAUUUUUACGACAAGUUUGAAAUCUGCAAGGAAACAUCGUUUUUCUUUUAUUACUUUCUGGGUCGGAGCGUAGACGAGCGAGCAGAGCCCAGUAAAGAGGGAAGCCCGUGAUAGAGCAGUCGACUAGAAGUAAAAGACUGCUGGCCUGAGAGAAGGCGGCCUCUCUCGGCAAAGAUGGCCCCAUUUCUAUUCUUUCUUUUUGAUUUCGGCUUUCUUUCUUUUUUCAGGGGCCCAGAACGCUAAAAGGUGGGGGAGAAGCAAGCCGAACCUCUGAUCGACCGAGACACA